GUUAGCAAAAAUUUUAAACAAUUAAAGACUCAAUUAACGACUUUUAGAAAUUGUUUUAUUAAGGCAAUCACAAUGAAUUAUCUUAUCACACGUGGCAGAGUACGUGGUCAAGUUAUUGAUGUACCCGAUGGAUUACCGGAAUUGUUGUCUGAUAUAACGCGCGAAGUCUUACGCUGUCAACCGACUACAGAAUGUCUCUGUCAAUUUAUAAUUGAUUAUUUAACGUCUGUUAUCCGAACACGUGAAAAGGCGCACAUUGCAAAAGCUAUUAUUGACCGUGCUUUACGUGAGGUCGAUGAAAUAAUUGGCGAUUUGUGCAUUUGUGAUAUACCGGAAGAUAAAGGUGAGAAGUUAUGUUUAGCAAUGGAGGAUUGUUUCAAACGUUUCCUUGAAAAACAACGCUGUGAAAGAGGUCGAGAACGUGAUGUGAUUAAGUUUUAUGACGAUGAUAUGUUAGAUGAGUUGAUACGUCGUUGUAGAUUUUCGGAUGAGGAACUUAAGAUAUCACGACCUGUUAUCGAAGAUGCUUAUAAUCGUUUCGUGCAAGCGUAUUUGAACGCAUCAAAGAGUGCAGAUGGAUCUGACUUGUUAUAUCAAUACUUUAUGGCACGUGAAAUAAAGCGCAGAGAAGAACUAAAGAGAGAAAAGGCCGCAAUCGCUAUACAGGCCACAUACCGAGGUUACAGGGUGCGCAAGCAAAUAAAAGAAGAGUUAUUAUUACUUCAGCGUCAAAAAGAAAGAGAGGAACAAGAAGCAGCUGCUAAAAUCAUACAAAGAUUUUAUCGUAGAAAAUUCGGAAGACCAGAUUAUGAACCGGAGGAAAUGGAGAUGGAAUCAUCAAUUAUUUGCACGCCUUCUUCAGAAGUAUCUUUAGGCACCAAGUUUGCUACGGUGCCAGUGACACCUCCAGAGUUGAAGGAAGGAGAGGAAGAACAGUUAGAAGACAAAGAGAAAACGGAACCAGAAGAAGAAAAGCCUGAAUCUGAAAUUAUGCCAUCACGUAUUGGUGAAGUGAAAGACGAAUUUGAAGAAAAUAAGGCACAAUUCCAACAAGAGCUACAAGCCCAAGCUCCUGAACCUAUUGAAGAAAAUGAGAAUGUUAACGAUGCACAACCUGUUGAGGUAAUCGAAGAACCUCCAGCCGCAGAAGUUGCCGCUGGUGAACCUCCUGCCGCCCAGGAAGAAGCUCCUGCUGCACCAGACGCUCCUGCCCCAGAAUAAUAAGGUUGAGCAAUUAAUAAUGAGCAAUGGAAAUGCAGAAUUUUUUAAAACACCUAUUUUUAUUGGUUAAUAUUAAAUGAAUAUAUUUAAUAUAUAAUUUUUGCUAUAAUUCGGAAUAAAAACUGAGUUGAAAUUUAA